AUGUAUAGACAAGUAUUGGUGGAUCCUUCUCAAACACGUCUGCAAAGGAUACUAUGGCGGGACGACCCUGCUAACAACGUCGACACAUACGAACUAUUGACAGUUACGUAUGGAACAUCAUCAGCUUCAUACUUGGCCAGCAGGUGCCUUACUUAUCAUGCCGAUCAAUACGCAGCUAAGUACCCGGUAGGCUCUAGAGAGGUGAAACGCAGUUUUUACGUAGAUGACUUUUUGUCAGGAGCAGAUACUCUGCACGAGGCUAAGGUACUCCGAGAUGAACUAAUAGAAUUGCUGAGAAUAGGAUCUUUCGAACUCAGUAAGUGGGCGUCGAAUUGCCCAGAACUCCUAAAAAAUAUAAAGGAUCGUGAUGGGGAAGUAAUUACCAUUCAUAACGAGACAGAUUCUAGCAUACUAGGGAUUCAAUGGAAUCAAGUCAAGGAUGUUUUUCACUUUGCAUACAAUUCAGAUUCCACUAACAGCGCAGUAUCUAAGCGCGUUAUUCUUUCUGAAGUUUCCAGGUUGUUUGAUCCUCUGGGUCUCCUCGGACCCGUCAUUGUAAUUGCCAAACUCAUUCUUCAAGACCUGUGGAAGGCCGGCAUCCAUUGGGAUGAAUCUGUGCCGCAGGAAUUACAUACAAGCUGGCUAAAAUUCAAGUCUCAAUUACAUGCUGUAAAUCAGCUACAAAUCCCUAGGGGUGUCAAAUACAACCCAGACUCACAGCUCGUGCAAUUACACGGGUUUUGUGAUGCAAGUCAAAAUGCAUAUGGCGCAUGUAUAUAUGUACGCACAACCAUCGAAUCUAGUGAAUAUCGUUCACAGUUGCUGUGUUCAAAAUCCCGUGUGGCACCACUCAAGGCCGUGUCACUGCCAAGACUUGAACUAUCGGCAGCGGUUCUGUUAGCUCAACUCAUAACUAAGGUGAAAGACUCAUUGGGCUCGCCCAUGCAAGCAUUUCUUUGGUCGGACUCCACCAUAGCAUUGAAUUGGAUAGCUUCAUCCUCGCGCAACUGGUCAGUAUUCGUGGCAAAUAGAGUCGGAGAAAUUCAAAGGUUGACUCAGAUCAGUCAGUGGCGUCACGUCUCCUCUUCCGACAAUCCUGCAGACAUACUAUCCAGAGGCAUAUAUCCGUAUGAUUUAAUCGCAUCAUCCAUGUGGUGGCACGGGCCCAGCUUUCUACAGUUGCAUGAAAAUCAGUGGCCAUCGGGAAGUUUUACAUAUCCGAGGGAGGAUAUGCCCGAACAAAGAAGAAUAGCCGCGAUUGUCGUCAAGCAUGACCAAUGCAUGGUCAUCCAGCUAUUAACCAAGCAUUCAAGUCUAAACAAAAUCCUUCGGAUCAUUGCGUAUUGCAUGAGAUUUUCUAAGAAACGGAAUCUCGCGCCAAAUAGAACAAUAUCUUCGUCUGAACUUUUACUUGCAACGGAAAUCGUGUGCAGGGCGGUACAAAAACAAGUCUUCUCUAAAGAAUACGAAGCAUUAAAAUUAGGAACAACCAUUAAUGCAGGCAGCCGUCUAUUGCCGUUAACUCCUUUCAUGGAUAAAGAUGACCUAAUCCGGGUGGGCGGUAGGCUUAAAAACUCAAACCUAGAUUUUGACGCAUGCCAUCCCAUUUUGCUGCCGCGCAAUCACGAUUUAACACAAAAAAUAAUUAGACAAGAGCAUAUUCGGAAUAUGCACGCCGGAACGCAAGGUACUAUGGCCGCCGUCCGGCAACGUUUCUGGCCACUUUCGCUAAGAUCCGUAGCGCGAAAGAUCAUACAAGAAUGCGUAACUUGUUUUAAGGCAAAACCGCGAUUCUCGGAAGCCUUAAUGGGAUCAUUACCCGCCGGUCGAGUCACCCCAUCUAGACCGUUCGCGCAUUGUGGGAUAGACUAUGCCGGUCCAGUCACAAUACGCGAAGGAAACAGGCGCAACUCUCGCAAUUAUAAGGCCUACAUAGCCAUUUUCGUAUGCUUUGCCACUAAAGCCGCGCACAUCGAAGUCGUAAGCAAUUUAACGACAGACUGUUUUCUUGGUGCAUUCAAACGUUUCAUCGCGCGAAGAGGGAAACCGACCCACAUGUACUCGGAUAAUGGGACCACCUUCGUCGGGGCAAAAAAGCAAAUCAAGGAACUAUACGAAUUUUAUAACAAACAAGAAACGCAGUCCGAUCUCAAUCAAUUCUGUGCCAACGAGGGCAUUUGCUGGGAAUUCAUUCCGCCCAACGCUCCUCAUUUUGGCGGUUUAUGGGAAGCGGCGGUAAAAUCCGCCAAACAUCACUUGACUAGAAUUGUGGGUCAAGCCCAUUUAAAUUUUGAAGAACUGCAGACUGUAUUGUCUGAGAUAGAAGCUAUAUUAAAUUCGCGCCCUAUUACGCCACUAAGCGAGGAUCCCAACGACUUGUAUUAUCUUAGUCCGGGUCACUUUCUGGUUGGUACAGCACUAAAUAGUUUUCCUUGCAGAGACUUUAGCGAGAUCAAUGAGAAUAGGCUCCUACGAUGGCAACGCGUGGAGCAACUUCGACAGCACUUUUGGCGCAGAUGGAGUAGCGAGUACUUAGGCUCGUUGCAGGAAAGGUCGAAAUGGAAACAAAAUUCGGGCAUUCAACUACGCGUCAAUCAGCUCGUACUUGUAAAACAACAAAAUCUACCCCCUCUACAAUGGGCUAUAGGUCGCGUCUUAGAGAUUCAUCCCGGAUCCGACAAUGUAGUACGAACUGCAACUAUAAAAAUCACCAAAGGUACUUAUGUUAGACCAUUGUCGAAGCUCGCGAUAUUACCCUCAGAAAUCCAACCGACGGAUAACUAA